AAGGAGUGCUGCACCAGCCCUGCCUCUGACGGGCUUCUACACAGAGACAUUUAGGUUUCAGAGACAGGACACACAGAGACACCCGGACAGAGAGAGAGAGACAGACACAGAGAGAGGCAUGGCACAGAGAGUCACCCACAGCCACAGCCUGUUCCCUCCUGGCCAGUCUGGGAGGCCCAGGGACGUGAUGGUCAAGUCAGCAUCGGCCUAUGCGAACCUGCAGUGGGAGCAGCAGCCCAGGCAGGAUGGGAGCCACCCACCUCAGGACUACCCUCACAGGGACCAGCCCCCAGUGGCUGGCUACAUCCCCCAGCCCAAUUACAUGGAGGUAGAUCAUGAUCUCAUCAAGCCCAAAAAGCUCCUUAAUCCAAUAAAAGCCUCCAAAAGCCACCAGGACCUCCAACGAGAGCUGCUAAUGAGCCAGAAAAGGGGUGGCGUUGUUGGUGUGGAGUCUAAGCCGGAGCUGCAGCGAGUGUUAGAGGCCAGGAAGAGGGAAAAAGUGAUAAAGCAGAGGAAGGAAGAAGAUGAGGCCAGAAAGAAGAUCUCUCCUCUGGAACAAGAGCUCCUCAAGAGGAAGGAUAAGCUAGAAGUGUUGGAGAAGGAGCAGGAAAAACAAGAGGAGACAGUGAAAGCCCCAGAGUUUGUCAAGGUCAAGGAGAACUUGAGACGCACGUCCUUUCACAGUAAUGGAGAGAAAGAGGUGUAGAGACCAACCGGUCCAGGUAUACAAUUUAGUUGGAAUCUGCUGGAGUUUGCACGCAUGUGUGUGUUAUACGUGUGAAUGGACAAAGAACUGCUGUGAUGUGCUCCUCUGACUGCACAACUCAGACAACAGCAAGGAACUUCUACCUGUUACAAGGACUGGUCGACAAGCCAUGACACAAUGCCUUCACUAUCCUCCUCAGAGCAGAGACACAGAGAGCGACAGAGAAGGACGGUUGACUCUGCAUUGGGCUACUGUUACAGUCAGUAACAUAGGCCAAACUAUAGCUGUGACAUCUCAAUCCAGAGUAACUGGCAUGAGUGUGAGGGUCAAAGAGGGGAGCAGCUAUUCACUAGUGGAUAUAGUGUUCCGUAUUGCAACGACUCUAGAAAUAAAGCCAAAGUGGGUGUUCUUCUACAGUGUCACAGCAGUGGCUUCUUUUCAUUUUAAGCUGUGUAUAUCCAAGAGUCAUUCUCUAGGAUACAGUAUAAAAAGCACACUGUACCUGCACAUACAAUCAAUAAUAGUGUUAACAGGAAACAAUCCAAUUAACUUAAUGGCACAUUCAAAAUCUUCUCAUGCAAUUUAAGGUCACGCAUCUCAAUGUGAAUUCUCUCACGGAGAAAGUUCCUAUCCCUAACAGUGCCUUCCUAGUUGCAUGUCAUCAUCCAAAAGUUCAAAACAAGAAAAGCUAUCAUUAUGAAACUGUAUACUAUCAAUCAUUUAAUGCCACCUGGGCAUCAUAUAGAGUACUGUAUGUAGGUGAAUGUGAGUGUUGGUGUGAUUUUGAAGAGACACGAGGCACAGAUAUUUAUAUUACCUCCAACCCCAUCUCACCUUUUUUUUCGGGAACAUUUACAUGUUUUGGAAAGUGAUAUUUAUGUUUUGUGCUAAAGGUGUGAAACAAUUCUCACAUUUGUAAUUCUAUCACAGCUAUUUUUAAAUAGUAUUAUGUAGCGAUACACAAUUAAAUGCAAUCAGUUGAAUAAUUUUAUUUAAAAAACGGCACUUUAGAAAAUUAAAUGAUGUAUCUGAAUAUGUAUUUGAUCAAAUAUGUAUCAGUCAUUUUUUAAAUAAUGUCUUCUUAAAAUCCAAUGAUUAAGUUUGAAUUUGUUUUUAACCUGAUUGCGUGUAUUUGUAUUUUUGUGUUUUUUUACACCACAUAUUGUUCUCUGCCUUUACUGACUCCUGAACCACUUACAAUGUUUAAUGGUAUAAAACUGUACAUUAUAUAAACAUGAAGACAUUACUUCUCGUUUAUUUUUCAGUCUCUUCAUUGCAUAAAAGUAUGACUCUAUUAAUGUAUGAUUAUUUCAACAGCUUUAAUAAAAGCAAUAUGAUUGUUAUGAAUAACAAUAAAAGAUUGAAUUACUACAUAUCUGAGAAGGGAGGUACAAAGGGCUUAAGUAAGAUUGCUUUUCUUUCUAAGAAAAUAAAUAAAGGACAAA